AAUACAUAUCUAUCAUUAUGGCGUAAUAAUGGGUUAAACUUUAUCAACAGCAUGAGGAAUCAACAACAACCACCAGUUUACGAGAAGCAAGGUGGCAAAGGAGAUCUAAUGUUAAUGAUGAUGAUGAUGAUGACAAUGAUGAAAAACAUGGAAGGUAAACCAUCGCAUCCAUGGGGUGUAUCAAGCAACUGGCCACCACCACCAACAGGUAACCCAUGGCCAGCACAACCAGUCAAAGAUCCAUGGCCAACAACAACACCAGCACCAGUAAAGGAUCCUUGGCCGUCACCGGUUAAAGAUCCUUGGCCUUCACCACCAAGUGAUCCAUGGACAACGACAACACCAGCACCCGAUCCGUGGGCAACUAAACCGUCCAACCCUUGGGAUAGUAAGCCAAGUGAUCCAUGGGCAGCAAAGCCAAGUGACCCGUGGGCCACGAAGCCAAGCAACCCAUGGGAAGCCAAACCGAGUAACCCUUGGGACUCGGCUAAAGGUACUGGUAACCCUUGGGAUCAGGGUGGUGAUAAAGGUGGUGGCAGUUUUUGGGAUAAAUUGAAAGCGGCUAAUCCAUGGGACAAGUUGAAAGCGGCCAACCCUUGGGACCAGGGCAAUAAGAAGGGUGGAAAUCCUUGGGAUCAAUUCAAACAGACUAAUCCAUGGGAUCCGAUUGAUGAUGCUAAACGUAAAGUAGCUGCUGAUUUUGGUUAUGGUGACAUGACCAAUGCUCAGUAUACUGCGAUGAUGAACCAAAUGGCUGAAAUGUUGAAAUAUUACAUGAAAAAUGUGACUACAACACCAGCACCUGGAGGCAAAAUUGAGGAUUGUCCGAAGUGUAAUGUUCAAGUUAACAUUAACAACUCAAAUGCUUCACCAAGACACAAUCAAACUCAAUCAACCAGUUAUGGAGUCAAAAAGCGAACCAAAGAGGCAAAGAUUAAAGCUGCACCAAGUGACCCAAGUGAACCUGAAGCACCUCCUGAAGAUGAUGCAGCACCUGUUGAUGGCGAAGAGCCUCCAUUGGAACCCGUAGAUCCUGAUGAUCCAAAUGGUCGACCUGUUCAAGAAGAUCCUACAAUGGAUGGAGUUUUAGGUGGAGGCGAGGUUGACUUGGAUGGUGAUGGAUUACCAGAUCCUUUGGGUCAACAAUUUACUCGAUAUGGAAGGCAGAAGCAAUACUUGGCUAGGAAACGUAAAGAUCAAGCUCGACCUCGUCGACUUCGUGGCCAUACACUUGGAUCUUCAAUGAUACUACCUCAUGAGCCUUACAAUGGUGUACGAUAUGCUGUACCAGUUAAACAAGGUCAACACUUAUCAGCCAUUCAACGGUAUCAAUCUUCAGGCGCUCCUUUACCUUCAUUGCCCAUUGCAGGACAUCCAAUUGUACUUGCACCCCAUCCAAGUCCAGUUGUUCCCAUUGUACAACCUGGUUACACCGACCGAACACUUGCUUACACUCAAGGUUUAUCAGGUAACUAUGGUCAACAGUCAAUCCCUGGACAUUUAUUACCAUCUCAAAAUAAUCAAGGCCCGGCUGUUGUGCGAUUUGUCCCUGUUAGACCAGUCGAGUCAACCGACUCAAGUUAUGGUUACAUUAACCAGUUUGGUCAGAAAAUGGGCCAAUCGCAGAGUAAGAUACAACAUGGUUCAUCAACUGAUCAAAUAGAUAAGUCUAAAUAUGAAAUAUUCAGAAAUUCUGAGUCCCAAAGAGAUCUUGAUUACUUGACUGAAUCACCAAAUUAUCCAAAAGGCUCAAGUCAAGGUGAAACAAUGUCAACUAAUAAUGAAAUGACCGAAGAUGUGAUUAUUGAGAAACCAGUUUUGGGUAAACCACCGCCGGUGCAUAAAGCACCAAUGGAGUAUAAACUGUUUACUGGUGGAAAUGAUAGGCCAAGUCAACCAUUAACAUCGUCACCGCAGCCUCCGACAACCCCGUCAACACCAUCAGAGUCAAUUAAUGCAGCUAGAGUGGAAUCAAGAAUGGAUUAUCAAGAUUCAAAUUUGCCAAUGAUGAUGGAUAAACCAAUUUAUGUUCAACAACAAUCUGAAUCCAGACAAAAGUUGAAUGAAAAUGUGAAAGAUGCAUUCAAAGCUUCGAAUAAGGUGAUUCGAGAACCGACACCGACACCAUCAGCAUCUCAACCAAAAGCGAUCUCUUUGAUGGAAACCUCAUCAUUACCUCCAGGAAGACAUAACUUUCGUGCCAAUGGCCUUUCACCAUCACCUUUAUCAAUGUUAUCAGAAGCGCCAUCAACAGAGACCACCUUUUCAACCAGGUCCAACUUUCGUGUCAAUGACCGGUCUAAACUGUUUAGACCGGACUCUGUUGAUCCAUCCUCUUCUAAUGGAGUCAAAGAUUCCAUUAAACUAUCAUCAUUACCAACAUCAAAACCUUUCAGCAAUUAUUCAAGAAAUGAUACACUCUCCAAUUCAACAACAACCUUCUAUUCAUAUCCAUUAUCUAUUGAAUCAUCCUCAUCCUCAUCAACAUCAAGCUUUUCAACGUUUCCAAUCAACUCCUUUUCAGAGUCCAUAUCAGUUGAAAAUGGAUCACAGUUGGCUGAUAAAGUUGAAAAAUACGAUUCAUUUGUUGAUCAAAAAAAUGAUCUCAGGGUUAAUCAAGAAAAUGGUACUUAUCUUUGGAAAGAAAUUAGCGAUAAUCUUGACGCGAUUAACAAUAGCAAUUAUAAUUCGAAGCUUUCUGAUAAAACUAAUCCAACGACGACCAUUGCUAUGGACAGGUUAGAAAAUGAUUUCAAAGAAAAAGCUAGCAAAUUAUCAGAAAAUUGAUACACUUUCAGCUAGCCAAAUGAUUAAAAAUGAUAAUUUAAAGAUGUCAUCAAUAAAGUACAAGAAAAUUUGGGUUUAUCAAUUUGGAGCGUUACAGAUUAAUCAAAAAGCGACUAAUAAGAAACAAAAUGAGAGCAGAUUUGAAAAAAACUUGCAUCAACAUUACCAAUGGAAAAAUGCGAAAAAAAAUUGUAAGUGGUUUAAAGGUUAGAUUACUUACAAAAAUUUAUCAAGAUUAAAAUUUCUUUAUUUAUAAACGAUAUAGUUUUAAUCACUAUUUGUAAAAAAAUGUAAAUUACUCUUUGGAAUCUAAAUGACCUUUCAGGUCCAUAUUAGGUCAUUUCAAAGUCCACUCCUUUAACAUAAAAUCCUGUAAACUGUGACUCAUAAAAAAGCUAAAAACACACUCAAAACAUCAUGUUCCAUCAACAG